AUGUCUACUCUCCCACCAAGUUCUCCAAGGCUUCCAAGCCCACCUCCACCCACGGAAAUCCAGAUUGGUCCUAAAUCUCCAUCCCUUGGGAGUGCUCCGUCAAGUCAGGAACAAAUGAUUGAACAAAGUAUUAUAGAAACAAAUGCUAUUCGAAGGAUACAUCCCGGAACAAAAGCUGCUGAUAUGGCUGCUGGUCCACCUCUCAUACCCUUGAGUGAGCUAGACUCAGCAUUUCAACUCCAAGAACAUUUAAAAGCGCUUCAUUACUUUCAUACUAAACCUCCAUCCAAAGACCACAGCGUCCCUAUAACUCGGGAAACUGCCGUCGAAAUAGCCACACCACCAAAUGGUCUCGAUCAAGCCCUUUGGCUUUAUGAACUCUGCCGCUUCCUCAUCAACAAAUGUAAUGAUCUAAUAAUUGGAUUCCUCUUUGACGAUCCUCCAUGUUCCGCACAUACAUGUCCAGAAAUGCGCGCUUCCGAAUGGCAAUUUCUUUGCGCCGUACAUGAAUCACCCAAAAGUUGUUGCGCUAUCGAUUAUUGCUGUCAUACAUUAGACUGGGCUACCAAUAUCGUAACUAGUCAAAAGAUAUUUCCAAGUCGUUUGAGUAUGGCAGCUGGUGAUGCGAUGGAUGAUAGGGGAGCUGGUGUUAAACAUUUAAUUAAUAUUUUCAGACGUUUACAUCGAAUAUUUGCGCAUGCAUGGUUUCAACAUCGAGGAGUAUUUUGGCAGGUUGAGGGUCAAACGGGUCUUUAUGUUUUGUUUAAGACGGUUUGUGAUAUGCAUGAACUAUUGCCACCGGAGAAUUAUAAGCUACCGCCAGAAGCAGAAGGGUUGGAAAAUGUUGAGGAUAAACCACCGACAGUUACGUCAAUUUUGAAGACGCCAGUAGGGGUUGAGGAGGAUUUCUUAGGACUCGGGAGACAAAAUACAACGAGGAGACAUGUUAGACAAUCUCCUUCAGUAGGAUCGGCGAUUACGACAGUUCAAGAAAUUGAUGAGGAAGAAGGAAAUAUUACUCAAAGAUUAAGGAUUGCACGUAAUUCAAGGAUUGCAGAGGAAGAGGGAGAGGAUGGAGGGGCGGAAAGUGAUACUGGGACGGAAAUACCAGUUAUUGUGGAGACUUUCGAGGAGGUGGAUCCAGAUCAUGAUAUGGAAAUCGAGAAGUUGAAGGAUGGGAUAUCAAAAGAAGAAGAGCCAAGUUCGGAAAUGAUUGAAGAAUUGGAACUGGAGCAGGAAGAUUCAGAGACGGUUAUUCAUGAUGAUGAUUCAAAGGCAGAUUCCACAGGUUCAUGGGAUAGUAUGUCUGGUGAUUCACUCGGAGACAAGACGGAGGUGAAACAAGAGAAUGAUGAUACUGGUGAAGAAAAGGCUGAGCCCGUCGUUAAAGAGCCAGUCACGGAGCUAAAGCCAGGGGCAGAGGCAGUCCCAGUCCCAGAAACUGAGCCAAUCCCAGAAUCGAAGCUAGAGUCAGAGCCACCUAGUACAGAAACUGGCGGAGAGGCAGAUGAGGAGCAAGAAGUACAAGAGCAAAAAGAUAACUCAAGUGAAGAUGAACAUACAUCUCCACCCAAAGAAGCACCUCCAAAAAAGUCAAAGAAAUCCAAAAAGAAAUCCAAAAAAUCCGCAGCAGCAAAAGAAGCUUCAAAAAUAUCAACAUCAACCAAUCACAUAAACGACGAUACGAACACCAUGGAGAAGGAAAAGGCAUCGGAUCAAGUUAAAGAGGCAGGGGAAGAUCAAAAGGUUUGA